AUGGAGUUCAUCGAUGGUUGCAAGAUCAUCAACGCUCCGACGUUCUUUGAUGAUUGGGAUUAUGCACGCGACGUUCCAGCUUUGCACGCGGCUCUGGAGACUUGGCACGCCAUGCAGCUCUUCCUCACAGGAUGCUUUCAUGGUGAUCCUCAUCCGGGUAAUGUCUUGGUAAGGCGUCGCGCGGAUGCAGUGCCGGCGGGGCAAAGCCCUUUCCAGGUCGUCGUUAUUGACCAUGGGGGCUACUACACAUUGGAUGAUGAUACCAGGAAGAAGUAUGCAGAAGUGUGGAGCAUGAUGGAUCAACCGAAGAACGACGCACAGAAGACAGCCAGACGUGAACGACUUAAGGCAAUCAUGGCCGGUUGGGGUGUCGGGCACACCUCGCGCUUUGUCAUCGAGCAGAUGUUUAAUGGCUCCUUUGGUGCAGCAGAUCCGACGGCCUCCGUUACGGAGAACGGUGAGGCCCGGAGGCACCGCUGGAAUUGGAUGCACCAAAAAACCGACGAUCUGGGGCCUCCCAUCUUCGAGGACACCUCCAAGAUGCCGCCGGCACUCAUGAAAGCCUUCGGUGUGGGCAAUUUCACACGAAAUGCUUGGACCGUUCUGUCCAAGGGACGAAAGGAGCUGCGUGGUUGGGACUUCUGCAAAGUCCGCGUUGCCAUCAUGAUCGAUUGGGCCAGGAAGUGUCCAGUAACACAGCGGGCACCGCUUCGUGUGAUGGGCCACUGCCUCUGCAUACAUGCGGAGCAGGUGCCCUGCCCAUGUCCAGUCGUUUACAUCACGGAUCUGCAUCAGUGCAUGUGCAAAGAUGCAGACAUGCGUGCAUUGUGUGGGGACAGUUGCUGUGCUGUCGCUGUGGAUGCAAGUCCCAGAGUCCCAGGCCGAUCAACAUCAGCAAGACAUCGAGCCUUUCCCGGGGCGUCAGCCUCCAAGGUGCUAGUUGGCAGCACUGCAUCGCACUGCAUCGAUACACAUCACUUCGUCGUCUCAAAGCACUCGUGGCUAGCAAAAGUGAGUUCAGGCGAAGCUGGCUUAUAUUCUUGA